GUUUCCGCCCAACCCGGAAGUGUUAAACUGCGGACCGUGUUUGUAGCGUGCUGUUCCCCGAGUUCCUAAAUGUGAGCGUCUCCAUGUCUGUGCUGUGAUUGGCUGGUGGGUCCCAGUUUGUGCUGUGAUUGGCUAGUUGGUCCCAGUCUGUGUUGUGAUUGGCUGGUGGGUCCCAGUCUGUACUGUGAUUGGCUGGUGGGUCCCAGUCUGUGCUGUGAUGGCAGGUCCAGAGCUGCUGCUGGACUCCAGCAUCCGGGUCUGGGUGGUGCUGCCCAUCGUCUUCAUCACCUUCUUCGUGGGAAUCAUCCGUCACUACGUCACGCAGCUGCUGCACAGCGACAAGAAGGUCGACCUGGAGGCGCUUUCUGACAGCCAGGUGCUCCUGCGCAGCCGCAUCCUCCGAGAGAACGGGAAGUACAUCCCCCGACAGUCCUUUGCCAUGAGGAAACAUUACUUCAACAACGCAGAGACCGGCUUCUUCAAGAAGGUUAAGAGGAAGGUCGUCCCCAAGAACCCCAUGACAGACACCAGCAUGUUGACUGACAUGAUGAAGGGAAACCUGACCAACGUCCUGCCGAUGAUUGUGAUUGGUGGAUGGAUCAACUGGGCCUUCUCUGGAUUCGUCAUCACCAAGGUGCCGUUCCCUCUGACGCUGAGGUUCAAACCCAUGUUACAGAGAGGCAUCGACCUGCUGUCACUGGAUGCUUCCUGGGUGAGCUCAGCGUCCUGGUACUUCCUCAACGUGUUUGGGCUGCGGAGCAUGUACAGCCUGAUCCUGGGACAGGACAACGCUGCCGACCAAUCACGGAUCAUGCAGGACCAGAUGACGGGCGCUGCCAUGGCGAUGCCCCCCGACCCCAACAAGGCUUUCAAGAGUGAGUGGGAGGCGCUGGAGAUCGUGGAACAUAAGUGGGCGUUGGAGAGCGUGGAGGACGACCUGAUGUCCACAGAUCUCAACUUUGGGACGUUGUUCAGCCGGGAUAUCAAGUCGGCCGCCAUGUUUUAGAAAGCUCUGGAAACCCCCAGGAACACCCGGCGCCCAAAUCUAAAGUCUGACCAAUCACAGCCCUCGCCACUUUAUUUAUUCUAAAUAUUCACUUCCUGCCUUCUCUGAGCCUCCAGAUUCCUCCACACGUAGCCGUGGAGACGAAAUAUAAUAUUAAACAUUCUUCAGUCUUUGAGGAAAGUAGCGAGGUCAGUUAGUGAUGAAACUAUGACAUCACUGCUGGUCCAACCUGGAUGACAUCACCGCUGGUCUGCCUCUGAGAGCGUGUAGUCUGGUUGGUUCUGGUUGGUUCUGGCGUUAUCCCAGAGGAGAUGUUCCCGUCUAACGGGCCAACGUGAUGAAUGGGUCCCUGUAACCGUUGGCGACUGAUCUGUUAUGUAAGGAGUCAGCGUUGUCAGGGUUACCGGAGAAGGACAGCUCUAGAUUUUGGGCGUCAGGUGAUCCAGGAAGUUUCCAGAUGUUCCAGAGGAGCGGCGCUGCAGCGUUCAAACACCACUGGGACGUCCCAGCGCCGGCAGGAAGCUUUGCAUGUGACCUCUCUACCCUGUGGUCGUCUGGCUGUUACCACGGCAACAGCAGUUUGAUAACGUUUAAUAAAGGUGACAUCACGA